UUGUGGUUUUCUAUCAUCUUUCUCUUUUUCCUAGCAUCCAUGUACAGGAGAUCAAAAUGGUUAAGAUCGACGCUUUGGCAGAUGCUCUAAAAACAAUUUACAAUGCUGAAAAACGUGGCAAACGCCAAGUCUUGAUUAGGCCUUCUUCAAAGGUUAUCGUCAAGUUCUUGUCCGUUAUGAUGAAGCACGGUUAUAUCGGGGAAUUUGAAAUUAUCGACGAUCAUAGAGGUGGCAAAAUUGUUGUAAAUCUUAACGGCAGAUUGAAUAAGUGUGGUGUAGUAAGUCCUCGAUUCGAUAUCGCUCAGCGAGAGUAUGAAAAAUGGGUUAACAAUUUAUUGCCAUCACGUUUAUUUGGAUUUAUAGUGGUAACAACAUCAGCUGGUAUUAUGGAUCACGAAGAGGCCAGGCGUAAACAUACUGGUGGAAAAAUUCUUGGAUUUUUCUAUUAGUAAAUUGUAUAUUGGUGUUUAUGUAGAAUAAAAUUGCU